AUGGCAUCAUCAUUUGAAAAAACUAAAGAUGGGAAAUCCAGUUUGAUUAACACGUUACGUGGUUUAAAAUCAAAAUCACCGGGUGCAGCUAAAGUUGACGUAGUCGAAUGUACAAAUACUAUGACAGAAUAUCCUGAUCCAAAACAUCCGAAUUUGAUUUAUUAUAAUCUACCAGGUGUCAGAAUGCCAUCUUAUCCACGUGAUCAAUAUUUUGAAAUUAUUAAAAAACAAACGAAAGAUGGUGUUGACAUACGUGAUUUUGAUUUCUUUCUAAUUGUUUCGGCUUCACGUUUCACAGAAAAUGACAUAUGGUUAGCUGAACAAAUGCAAAAUACAAAGUUUACUGAUAAUGAAAAAUGGGAUUUUCCAUUGAUGAUUAAGUCAUUGAUAUGUGACCAUCCUGAUUUGAAGCAUAAUGCCAUUGUUAUAUCGAUUACAGUCAAUUGUAAAGAUGUUAUACGUGAAAAAGCUAAAAUAUUACGUCAACAGAUAUGGAAAGUAGCUCUAGUAAAUGGUCUAAUCGGUGCAAUACCCAUACCAGGUGUAUCUACUGCUACAGGACUAGCAACGUCCACAAUGAUGUUGAAGUAUUAUAAAGAAUGUCUAGGACUGGACACUGAAUCGCUGGAUACAUUGACUAAACAAUAUAACACUACAAGUGACAAAAUACUGGAACAGUUAAACAACACCUUAUGGAUGGAAUUUUUUCCUUUGAGCUUUACAAAUUUCAUUUUAGCUCAAUCGAGUGGAGAAAUAGUUAAAAACGGAGCAAAAGAAGCAAUAAAAGUCAUCGCCACUUGUGGUAUUGCAGGUGCUUGUAUUAAUUCUGCUAGUUCAGCUUAUCAACUUCAUGCUAUGAUAAGUAAUUUGGAAGAAGCAGCAUUGUUUGUAUUAGAUAAUGUAGCAAGACAAUCGAAGCAACAUUGA